AUGUCGACGGGGCUCGCAGCAGCAGCAGCAGUGGCCCUAUCACUCGCGUCCUCCCUCCCGCUCGCAAGGGGCGCCUCGACAGCGUGCGGGGCCGACUCGAAAUGCCCAAAGGACAGCCCCUGCUGCUCGGCCGAGGGAACCUGCGGUCGAGGAUCGAUGCAGUGUGCAGGCGGAUGUCAGCCCCUGUUCAGCUACAGCCCUUCGUCGUGCCUUCCCAACCCCGUCUGCCAGUCGCAGUCGAUGGCCAUCAAGUCGAGCGACUACAACAACACUGACCUCUUUACGCCAAUCCUGGACUACAAUGGCGACCCGACCCUUUCGCCCUUCACGCUCGACUCGGGCUCCCUCGGCGCCGGCCCGGAAGGCGUGCUGCUGGAGAUGACCAUCGAGCGGCAGGCCAAGAUCUCGACGACGCGCUACUUUCUCUACGGCACCGUCACCGCCACGCUGCGGCACCAGGCGCGCCAGGGCCUGGUGGCGACCAUGAUCACCAUGUCCGACAUCAAAGACGAGAUCGACUGGGAGUUUACCACGGCCAACUCGGGCGAGACGCUGACCAACUACUUCAAGAUGGGCAACGCCGUCACCACCCAGGGCGCCACCAUCUACCCGGACGGCGGCUUCGACGUGGCCGACUGGCACGAGUACGGCCUCGACUGGCAGGAGGAUCGGCUGCGGUGGACCAUCGACGGCCAGACGGUGCGCACCGUCACGAGGCAGCAGGCCGGGGACGCCUACCCCCGCUCGCCCUCGCGCGUGCAGUUCAGCAUCUGGGCAGGCGGAAACAGCACAAACGCGCCCGGCACGAUCGACUGGGCGGGCGGGCCGAUCUCCUACGACACGGACGAAUACAGAAAGAACGGCGUCUACUCGCAGGAGAUCAAGAGCUUCUCCAUCAGCUGCAACCCGUCCACCAACGGCGGAUCCACCAACGCCACCUCUUGGGUCUACACGGGCUCGCAGUCGGACUCGACCAACGAGCCCGAGUACACCAUCAGCACAUCGCCGAUCAAGCCCCUCUCGGAGCCGUCGCGCGACGGAUAUGCAGGCUAUCCCGGCUACGACAGCAAGCCCUCUGCGGGCACCGGGCCAGGCACGAACCGGUGGGACGGCUCCGGCACGACGUCCAAGGCCAAGCCGGGCUCGUCGGACUCGUCGGGCGACGACGGCGUGACGACGCAGAACGCGCUCAAGUACGGCCUCCCCAUCGCGGGCGCGCUGGUGGCGCUCAUCGCCGUGUGGGCCCUCGUCACGGUCGUGUAUCGACGGCGACACAAGGACAAGCUCUACGCCUCGGGCGUCACGGGCAUCGCUGGCGGGCCGGGCAUGGUCGACAAGCUGGCCUCGUCGCGCGGCCGCGCCGCCAGCGCCACGGGCCUGUUUGCCGUCACGUCUGCCACCGGCGCGGGGGUGGGCAGAAAGGGGAGCAAGUACAUCCCGCUCCAGGACGUGGCGGAUGCGGGGCUGCCCGAUGGCACCACGAGGAUCGGGACGGGCAUCGCACCGGCCUCUGGACCGACGCCGGCGAGGUCGCUCAUGUACCGCGGCUACUCGGACGAUGGUUCGUCCAAGAUGGAAGCAGGGGGAGGGUACGAGGAUGCGGCGUGGAAGAGCACGGAUUCGUUCCAGGAUGAUGCGGUGCGAGGGGCGUACGGCGCAUGGCCAGACAGGCCCGCGCCCUAUCAGCAGCAGCAGCAGCAGCCAACGGCGCCCCACCAGUACACGCCGCCACGGUAUUACAACCAGGCGCCAGCUGCUGCACCACCACCACCGCCGCCACAGCAGCAGCAGCAGCAGCAACGUGGAUGGACUCCGGCGGCAGCACAGCAGCGGGGGCCGUACACGUCGACCUCGCCGCAGCCCAGGCACUACGACACGCCCAACGUGGGCUACUAUGCCACGCCGCAGAUCCAGCAGAGGGCACAGUAUCACGGCCAACCGACCUACCACCACCACCACCACCCUGCCCCGCAACAGCCCUACCCGGGGUACCCCUGA